CUUUAAUGCUACCUUACAUAUCAGUAACAGGUAAUACAUAAACAUCCUGCUCUGUCAUUUUGCUUAGUAAUACACCACUUUCUAACUAGUCAAAUUGGACAAUACAACCCAUCCAUCCAGAUACCACCUUACUGGCUAUUAUCCUGAGUCUCAUCAAAGCUACUAUGAUGACCAUACUAGUAGAUGUGGCAAUAUUAAUACCACAAUGGAAUCAGAUAAAGCCAACUCAGAUACCAAAACUGAAGUUGAUAUCAUGAUACUGGACUACCUACUAUGCAUCACCAUAGAUAGAAUCAUACACACAAAAAUAGAGGCGAGGCAGUCUUAUACAUAUGACUGGGAUUCUGUCUGGCUCUUGCACUCAGUGAGCACCAUCAAAUCAAAAAUACCAACAUCCCAAACGCCCACACAGGACAUGCGCAUCAAACUACAGCUUCUGGCCUUUGCCACACUGUUUCUCUUUAAUCUCCCGAACCCAGAUUCCCGCAGCGUAUCACCUGGAUCGUCUCGGUCGACCAAUGGAGAAACCUCAAAUGCCGCUGGAAAUACCACAACAGCAGACGGUCAGUUAUCUGAGACAUGGCUGCUGCCCAAUCCUAUGAGUCACGAAAAUGAUACAAGGAAUGAAGAUUCCUGCAAAGCACGAACGCCAAUCUCUGAGAUAGCAACAGAAUUCAUAUCUCUAUGUUUUAUUGCCGAGGCGAAAAUAUCAGAACCACGAUGGAUGGACCUUGCAGCUCAAUUCGCAAUGCAUGCUAUGAUCGAGGAGUACCAAGCCUCGGGAGAUAUAUCCACGCUGAAGCCGCUAAACGAGUACAUUGCUUGGACAGCCACCAACUUUGACCAAGCACAGAAGUGGUCAAAAGAAUGUGCCAAAUACAUCAAGUAUCUACGGCCAUUACCUGGAACUUUGCUACAGGAUCAUCUCCAAGUCGUAUCAGCAAACAUGUCCGGAUCGCGCUUCGCAGAGACGGUUGUUGAUUUUCUGACUGACCUCAUGAGAACGCUGGAGCCCCCGGUGCUCAUCCAACUUGAGAGAGGAAAACUUGGUGGACUUAGCCGGGCAGAAACACAGCAAUUGAAAGAACGGGUAGGGCUGCAAUGAAGGACCAGCCAUCCCACAUUCUGAAGUAGGAUAGGCGGGAAUAAUUAAACGGAAUACAGAUACGAAGCCCAAGGCAAAGAUUUUAUUCACAGGAUAUUUAUGAAACAAUAUUGUCAAUCAGCGAUCCUAGUGUGAACUAGGUUAGCAUUUACUAUACCUGGACUAGAAUUAUUUUGUAGAACCCCGCCAAUACUAGUGGUAAAAUAGACAUGAGAGCAUUACCCUCAAUAUAAAUACUGCUUAUUUUCUGUAUCUUAAUUCGCCUAUCUGAAAUUUGCAUGGAAUAAUAAUUUACAAAAUACCAACCCGUGUGGAAAGUCACAAGGUGAUAGUUGAACCUCCAAUGUUGAGUUGAACGGCGAAAUGUGACUUCAUCGGAAUUAUCUAACCCAAUAACAUUCGGCGUGGGUCUUCGAUGU